AUGAGCUCUUCAAGUAAGCUGCAGAAAUUCUUGGUUAAGAGAAAGGACACUGGUAAGGUGAGUCGAAUAGAAAUAGAAGAAGACAAGCAGAUUUUCGACUUACUAGAGUUAAGCAGAGUGUCACUAAAGUUUGACGAAGAUGCAAUGCUAUGUAUGUACCGCGAUGGAGAAGAGAAAAUUCUCACUGAGGCAGCUUACAUCCGUGAGAUAGUGGAUCCAAAAGUUAUUCUGAUGGUAAAAGACAAAAGAAUAGAAGAGAAAGAGAAAGAAAAGUGUAAAGAGAAAAAAGAAGCAACGGACAAAGAAAAUAUGGUCAAUGCAACGAAAUUGAAAGAAAGUAUCACAGAAAAGCUCGACAAGCGUGACAGCGUGAACAAUAGUCAUGAUGUGUUCCGCAAACAGUUUGCCCAGCAUGCACCAAGUUCCAGCCCGGCCGAACAUAAUCUACUGGAUAAUAUGAAACAACAGAUAAGGAGCGAAGGCACGACUAAGGAACUACCCAUAGAUGCAAGCGAAGAUGAGGAAAUCAGAAUCCUUACAAGAAAAAUCAACAGCGAAGGUCUUGAAGGUUUUGUGUAUGAAAUCGUACCCGAGAGUUACACUGAUCAUAACGAAUCAAGCUAUUACGAACGCUCGUUUUCUUCAGAAGAAGAACGCAGGUUCACCCAAAGCAAGGUGAAUAGUACUACCAACUGGUCUUCCUGGCAAACAGAAGCUGGCUUCUCAGGCUGGGGCGUUAGUGUCAGUGCCAGUGCUGGACACAAUACCUCAACCAGUGAGCAAGAAGGAAGAAAAACUCAAAGCACAGAGAAAACAUGCAUCGCAGUCGUGACCAAAACGAGCUUUCAUCAAAUGAAAAAGUUUAAGGUUAAUGUGAAACUCAGUGAGAGAGCGAUAAAAGAUGCUAAAGAUAUUAUGUAUGCUCCUAUGCUUAAGAAACAACAGACCAUUGCCAAGUUUAUCAAUAACUACUGCAGUUUUGUGUAUUCCGGACAGUUCACUGCAGGUGGUUGGUUCAGAACCGUGGCAACAGCAAGAAGUAAUGAAGCUGUAGAGUUUGCAGCUCUAGAGAAAGAAGCCACUGAAAGAGUUGAGAAGUACUGGUCAGCUGGUUGCAGUGGGUAUGGUGUAACUGCUGGAGGUGGCCGGAACUGGGGGUCAAGCAAUCAAACAAGCAGCCAGCAAAGUCAACAGAAUACAAAAUCUUCUGUUCAAGUCCUUAUUAGAAAGGAGAGUGCACCAGGCAACACUUCAAAUGAGAACGAUCUGGAGAUGAAAAUUAAAGAAGUUAAAAAUUGCACUAUAUUUCCCGUCGUAAGCGCAAAGAAAUCGCACUUCAUACCAAUCUAUGAGAUUGUUAAAAGCCAGGCUGAAGCGAUCGGAGACAAGGAAUUGGCAAACGUUUCUCACAUAUUGCGGCUGUAUAUGAAAGGUGAGGCAGUUGGUUCUACAUUUUAUUCCCACAAUGCUCCCUUUAUCUCGUAG